AUGGCGGCAGAAGGAGCUGGUGGGAAAUACAGAAGCACAGUCAGCAAAAGCAAAGACCCCUCGGGGCUGCUCAUCUCUGUGAUCAGGACCCUGUCUACCAGUGAUGAUGUUGAAGACAGAGAAAACGAGAAGGGGCGUCUCGAAGAAGCCUAUGAGAGGUGUGACCGUGACCUGGAUGAACUCAUUGUACGGCACUACACAGAACUGACAACUGCCAUCCGCACCUACCAGAGCAUCACAGAGCGCAUCACCAACUCCCGAAACAAAAUAAAGCAGGUAAAAGAGAAUCUGCUUUCAUGCAAGAUGCUAUUGCACUGCAAACGAGAUGAGCUUCGGAAGCUGUGGAUUGAAGGAAUUGAACAUAAGCAUGUUCUGAACCUGCUGGAUGAAAUCGAGAAUAUCAAGCAAGUGCCUCAAAAGCUGGAACAGUGCAUGGCCAGCAAGCACUAUCUCAGUGCCACCGACAUGCUGGUGUCCGCAGUCGAGUCUUUGGAGGGCCCACUGCUCCAGGUGGAAGGACUGAGUGACCUUAGGCUGGAGUUGCACAGCAAGAAGAUGAACCUGCACUUGGUUCUCAUAGACGAGCUGCAUCGGCACCUGUACAUCAAAUCCACCAGCCGCGUUGUGCAGCAGAACAAGGAGAAAGGGAGGAUGAGCUCCCUGGUGAAGGACGCUUCUCCUGUCCCUCUGCUGGAUGUUACAAACCUUCCUACGCCUCGGAAAUUCCUCGACACCUCUCAGUAUUCUACUCCUGGAAGCUCCACAGUGAAGGAUUUAAACCUCCAGGACAUCAAGGAGGAUUUGGAGUUGGAUCCAGAGGAGAACAGCACCCUCUUUAUGGGCAUCCUCAUCAAGGGGCUGGCUAAACUGAAGAAGAUCCCAGAGACAGUGAAGGCAAUCACAGAACGCUUGGAGCAGGAACUUAAGCAAAUUGUGAAGAGGUCUACAACCCAGGUGGCCGACAGUGAUUAUCAGAGGGGAGAGAACCUCACGGCUGAGAACCAACCAAGGUUACUUCUGGAGCUCCUGGAGCUGCUGUUUGACAAGUUUAAUGCUGUAGCCGCUGCGCACUCUGUGGCCCUGGGGUACCUACAAGACUCUGUGGUGGCCCCACUGAGUCAGCAGGAAGACGUCAAAUUGUAUGACAUGGCAGAUGUGUGGGUGAAGAUCCAAGAUGUUCUGCAGAUGCUGUUGACUGAGUACUUGGAUAUGAAAAAUACACGUACAGCCUCUGAACCAUCAGCUCAGCUCAGUUAUGCCAGCAGUGGACGCGACUGUGCAGCCUUUUUUGCCAAGAAGAAGCCUCAAAGGCCAAAAAAUUCUCUUUUCAAGUUCGAAUCUUCCUCCCACGCCAUCAGCAUGAGCGCCUACUUGCGAGAACAGAGAAGAGAGCUGUACAGUCGGAGCGGAGAACUUCAAGGGGGUCCUGAUGACAACUUAAUUGAAGGUGGAGGAACAAAAUUUGUUUGCAAACCUGGAGCCAGAAAUAUUACUGUCAUAUUCCAUCCAUUAUUAAGAUUUAUUCAAGAGAUAGAGCAUGCCCUGGGACUUGGUCCUGCCAAACAGUGUCCUCUUCGAGAGUUUCUCACCGUGUACAUCAAAAAUAUCUUCCUCAAUCAGGUCUUGGCUGAGAUCAACAAGGAGAUUGAAGGAGUCACGAAAACAUCUGACCCCCUGAAGAUCCUGGCUAAUGCAGAUACCAUGAAAGUGCUGGGGGUGCAGCGGCCUCUCCUCCAGAGCACAAUCAUUGUGGAGAAGACAGUGCAAGACCUCCUGAACCUGAUGCACGACUUGAGUGCCUAUUCGGAUCAGUUCCUCAACAUGGUGUGCGUGAAGCUCCAGGAAUACAAGGACAUCUGCACUGCAGCCCACAGGGGUAUCGUCCAGUCUGAGGAAAAACUUGUCAUCAGUGCAUCUUGGGCAAAAGAUGAUGAUAUCAGCAGGCUCUUGAAAUCUCUACCAAACUGGAUGAAUAUGGCUCAGCCCAAACAGCUGAGGUCAAAGAGAGAAGAGGAAGAAGAUUUCAUAAGGGCAGCGUUUGGCAAGGAGUCGGAAGUUCUUAUUGGAAACCUGGGUGAUAAAUUAAUCCCUCCACAAGACAUCCUCUGUGACGUCAGCGACCUCAAAGCCUUGGCCAACAUGCACGAGAGCUUGGAAUGGUUAGCAGGCCGAACAAAGGCAGCCUUCUCCAGUCUUUCUACGUCCCAGAAUCUGUCCCCUGCUCAAGAUAGCCAUGUGAACGUUGAUCUCCCUCCAGUGUCAGAGCAGAUUAUGCAGACUCUGAGCGAACUUGCCAAGUCUUUCCAGGAUAUGGCUGACCGCUGCUUGCUGGUCCUACACCUGGAAGUCAGAGUUCACUGUUUCCACUAUCUCAUCCCUCUCGCGAAGGAGGGGAACUAUGCCAUUGUCGCGAAUGUGGAAAGUAUGGACUAUGACCCUCUGGUGGUGAAGCUGAACAAAGAUAUCAGCGCCAUUGAAGAAGCCAUGAGUGCCAGCCUCCAGCAGCACAAGUUCCAGUACAUAUUUGAAGGCCUGGGACACCUGAUCUCCUGCAUCCUUAUUAAUGGGGCCCAGUACUUCCGGCGCAUCAGUGAGUCUGGCAUCAAGAAAAUGUGCAGGAACAUUUUUGUCCUGCAGCAGAAUUUAACCAACAUCACCAUGUCACGGGAGGCAGACCUGGACUUCGCAAGGCAGUACUACGAGAUGCUGUACAACACGGCCGACGAGCUCCUGAAUCUGGUGGUGGACCAGGGUGUGAAGUACACGGAGCUGGAGUACAUUCAUGCCCUGACCUUGCUGCACCGCAGCCAGACGGGGGUGGGAGACCAAACCACCCAGAACAUGCGGCUGCAGCGGCUCAAGGAGAUCAUCUGCGAGCAGGCAGCCAUCAAGCAAGCCACCAAGGAUAAGAAAAUAACUACAGUGUAA